AUGGUGAACACAGGGAUGCAGCUCAUCAGCUUCACGUGUGCAGUCACCGGGUGGAUCAUGGCAAUCGCAGUCACGGCGCUGCCUCAGUGGAAAGUCUCCGCCUUCAUUGGUCCAAACCUCCUGACGUCUGAGAUCAAGUGGGAGGGCAUCUGGAUGAACUGUGUGUACCAGACCACAGGCCACAUGCAGUGUAAGACUUACGACUCCAUGUUAGCUCUGCCCCCCGACAUCCAGGCUGCGCGCGCCCUCAUGUGCAUCGCCAUUUUCAUGGGCUGGUUGUCCUGCACCGUCUCCUGCUGCGGUAUGAAGUGCACCACCUGCGCCGGUGACGACCGCCGAGCAAAGGCCGGGAUUGCGCUUUCCGGCGGUGUGCUCUUUAUCCUCACGGGUCUCUGCGUCCUGGUCCCUGUGUCCUGGACCGCCAACACGGUGGUACGGGAUUUCUACAACCCCAACGUUCCGGUGAUGCACAAGCGUGAGCUGGGCCAGGCCAUCUACCUGGGCUGGGCGGCUGCAGUCAUCCUAAUGCUCAGCGGCGCCGUGCUCUCCUCCACCUGUCCGGCCAUCGAGAAGGGCGGGCGCUACCGCCGCGGGUUCGCAGGCCGCAGCUUUGCCAACUCCCCACCGACAAUGCAGGAGACCAGCAAACCAAUCAGCACCAGCAGUGUCCCUCUGAAGGAGUAUGUGUGA